AUGUCUUAUGUCGCUAAGAACUCGUCCACCCAAAAGCCUGGUCUCGAAGAAGAGGUCCAGCCCAAGAUCCACCGUAUCCGUAUCACCUUGACUUCUCGUAACGUCAAGAACUUGGAGAAGGUGUCGGCUGAUCUCAUUCAACGUGCCAAAGACAAGCAGCUCAAGGUCAAGGGUCCUGUCCGCUUGCCAACCAAGGUUUUGCGCAUCACCACCCGCAAGUCUCCUUGUGGUAACGGUUCCGAGACCUUUGAUAAGUUCGAGAUGAGAAUUCACAAGCGCUUGAUCGACUUGCACUCCCCCUCCGAGAUUGUCAAGCAGAUCACUUCGAUCUCCAUUGAACCUGGUGUUGAGGUCGAAGUUACCAUUGCGUAA